UUACUGAUCCAUGUACUUGUUUUUUUGUACACGGUAGGAUUGACCUGGAUGCUGUGUUUAGAUUGUCAGUCCAGAUUUCACAAUUCUUAGCAAAGAUGGAUGAUGGUAGCUCUGUUGAUGUGCCUUGAAAAUGCUAUGAAUGGAUUGUAGACUACCGCUGCUACACCAUGUUAUCUUUAGAAAAAGACUUGGCCGAAAGAGUGACUUGGGGAAGCUCCCAACACCCUGUGAUAUCUAAAUUUGAUAUGUGUACCGGUGGGGAAAGAAAUUUGGGUGAUGAUGGAGCUUUAUCACUAGCAUUCUUUGAAAGAAUUGCAGAAAAAAAGUUGAUGCUUUUUGUUGAUGUCGAGGACAAGUCUGGACAAAUACUUUGUAAGUCUACUGUUACAGAGGGAGCCAUGAGUAAUGUAGUGUCUGACAAUGUUGGGACACAAGUAGAUUCAACGGAUCCUCUAGAUGUUGCAAAUGUGAUAGACUGGGACAGCUUAGAGAUAGAGCCAAUUCCAGAAGAACAGAUAGAUGCUCCUAUCAGAUUGAUGGACGAAGAUGCUAUGUAUGAAUUUGUUGGGCUGAGAGCAGAGGAUGAGAGAGCAGAGCAAGCAAGGAUUGCAGCUGAAAAGGAAGCUGCAAAUGGGUCUGCUCUUUUGAAUAUGGAACUAGAAGGACCAGAAUUACUUGUUGAUGAUAUAAUUCCUGGAGAGGAGUCAGUUGUUUAUGACAUGGAAGAUCCUCCAAUGAAAGUAGGAACCAUCUAUGCUUGUAUGAAUGAAUUCAGGGCAGUAGUGAGGCAACAUGCUAUUGUGGGACAAUUUGAGCUGGGAACAGAGAAAUCUUGUAAUGACAAGUUUAGGGGCUAUUGCAAAGCUGCAGGAUGUCCAUGGGCUAUUGUGGCUAGGUUGAUGCAUGAUGAGAAGCAAGUCAGGAUUACUUUAAAUAAAGGAGAUCAUUUUUGUGCAUCUACUGCAAGAGUUAGGACUAAGAUGGCUUCAUACCAUUGGGUAGCAGAGAAGGCCGUUCCCUUUCUAAGAAAGGAUGCUAACAUGGGUGCAAAAAAACUGCAAAAAGAGUUGGAGGAAAAAUAUAAUGUCACGAUAGGAUAUGGAACAAUGUGGUUUGGUAGGCAAAUUGCAGCAGAAAAGAUUUUUGGCAUCUGGGAGGAAAGUUUUGCUUUAUUGUUCAACUUCAAGGCAGAGGUAGAGCUGAAAAUGCCUGGGAGUGUGGUAGAGAUAUAUGUCAUAAAUAAAGAUGAUGGUGUGUACUUCCAUAGAUUCUUUUGUUGCUUCAAACCAAAAAUUGAUGAGGAGGAUCUCGGCGACGACGUCGCCGAUGAGCUCCGGCGGCUGCCGCUGCGGCGCCGCGGCAGGCUCGACGAGGGUUUGGGUGGGGAUUGGGGGGCAGUGCGCUGUUUCAGCCCAUCAUAA